AUUGAAAGCAGGGACUCAAACAAAUACUUGUACACCUGUGUUCACAGCAGCAUUAUUUACAAUAGCCAAAAGGCGGAAGCAACCCAAGUUUCCACUAAUGGAUGAAUGGAAAAAUAAAACGUAGUAUAUUCAUGCCAUGUAAUAUUAUUCACCUUUAGAAAGGAAAGAAAUUCUGACACAUGCUACAACAUAGAUGAAUCUUGAAGACCUUAGGCUAAAUGAAAUAAGCCAGUCACAAAAGGAUAAAUACUGUGUGAUUCCACUUACAUAAGGUACCUUCAUCUCCUGUUAGGAAAAUGUAUGUCAUUUCCCCCAUGCUGAGACAGAUAACUAAGAAAGCAAUAACAUAUAAGAAUGUAUAGUUUUAUAUUUUAAAAUAUUACUGUAAUGUGUCAUACAUAUUCUAAUCUAUGAAUAUCUAGAAGACUAGAAAGCCAUUUUAUUGAGGCCCUCUGAAAUAUGGCAGGUGUUAGGACCUAAUGGAAUUCAGGCAACUUGAGUAGGAGGUGAAACAUCACAUCAUGGGGUGUGGUGCAGUGCAAGCAGGUACAGAAAAGCCAGUUCUUCCACAUGAAAGCUGCUUGGACUCCAUUUCAUCUCUCAUCAUACCAUCUCCAAGAUUUCAGCAGCUUUUAUACUUGCUUGUUAAACUGAAAUCAUGUUUCUUGCAAAGGCUAUCUUGGAAGGGGCAGAUCGGGGUCUUGGAGAAGCUCUUGGAGGCUUUCUUGGAGGAGGCGGUCAGAGAAGAGGAGGAGGAGGAAAUAUUGGAGGGAUAGUUGGAGGAAUUGUGAAUUUUAUCAGUGAGGCUGCAGCAGCUCAAUACACUCCAGAACCACCUCCCACCCAGCAGCAUUUCACCAAUGUGGAGGCCUCAGAAAGUGAGGAAGUUAGGCGGUUUCGGCACCAAUUCGCACAGCUGGCUGGACCAGACAUGGAGGUGGGUGCCACUGACCUGAUGAAUAUUCUCAACAAAGUCCUUUCGAAGCACAAGGAUCUGAAGACCAACGGCUUUAGCCUUGACACCUGUCGGAGCAUCGUGUCUGUCAUGGACAGCGACACAACUGGGAAGCUGGGCUUUGAAGAAUUUAAGUAUCUGUGGAACAACAUCAAGAAAUGGCAGUGUGUUUAUAAGCAGUAUGACAGGGACCAUUCCGGGACUCUGGGAAGUUCGCAGCUGCGGGGAGCUCUGCAGGCAGCAGGCUUCCAGCUAAAUGAUCAACUUUACCAGAUGAUCGUGCGCCGCUAUGCUGAUGAGGAUGGAGGUAUGGAUUUUAACAGCUUCAUCAGCUGCCUGGUGCGCCUGGAUGCUAUGUUUCGUACCUUCAAGUCUCUGGAUAGAGACGCAGAUGGCCUGAUUCAGGUGUCUAUCAAAGAGUGGCUGCAGCUGACCAUGUAUUCCUGAAGUGGGCACUGAGAGCACAAGACCCGCCCUGGAGGACAGGACUUCCCAAAGCCUUGCCAUGCAGCCCCCACGGUUGCUGCUACCCUGUCCAACAGCUGCCAUUUCCCGGCAAGCCCUCUCCCAACCCUGCAUGUUUUUGAUCGUAUGCUACGUUUUACUGCUUAAUUAAAGCACAUUUUUCAU